UCAACUUCGUUAUAUAGUGCAUGUGUCUUUUAAAUAUUUUGUGUUGUUCAAUAUGUAGUGUAUAUUUUUCUUAAAUUGUUGUUUUUUUUUCUUUCCGAGUAACAGGAGGGUCCAUUACAUUACUCGAGUUCAAAAUUGGCAUCACGAUGAAGCGAAAUUGUUUUUUGGGUUCAUCAUCUCAUAAAUCAAUGAAUGAAAAGAUUAACGUAAGGAAGGAAUUUGUUGCCAUUGCUCACAAUGGACACCUUAUGUUUGAUGAAAGUGAACUUCAAGCUAGAGUGAUAAUAUGGUUGGCAAGUCAAAAAAUUGAAGGAAAGAAUGGUAGCAAAGGAUCGCGUCCGAUACUAUCCCUUUCAUUGCAACUUCGAGCAUUAUUCAUGCAUAACUCCUCACAAGGCUUUUCCAUUAAGAGAUCUCUUCACAAUUUCCUUCAGAAGAGAAAGAAGAGGACUCAAAGUCACGAUUCAAUAGUAAUCCAUGAUAAUGAUAAUAUUAGCACAAAUUAGACCAAAUAUGAAUUCGAUCAAAUCAAUUCAUACAUUUAGUUUGUGGGAUCAAUUGAAGCCUAUGUAUGAGUAUUUUUAUUAUACUUUAUUUUAUUAAGAUAUUAAGAUAUAUAUAUUAAUAUCUUAACUAGAGUAGACAUAUGAAUUGGAUCGAAUCAAUUCAUACCGUUAGUUUGUGGGCUCAAUUGAAUCCUAGGUACAAGGAAGUUUAUUUUUGAGCCACAUUAUUCUAGAAGUUCAUUUUUAAAUGUGGCUUUUGCAAAAUAGUUGUAUUUAUGUUGUUGAAGCUCAAUGUAGCAUUAAUUAUUGUUUUGUAACCAUACUCUAAAUUAUGUCGCCAAUAAGAAUUUAAUUUUGUAAUUUCAAA